GAAAUGCGGAGCGCGAUGGAUUACUGCGUCUAAUACCCAAAGAUCCGAAUGGACGUAUUUCUCCCAUCAUUCACGCACAGAUUUCUUCAUUAUUUCGCGCACCGCUAGCGUUCAAAAUGCCUUUCCCACCGAUAAACCUGCACUCACGGAUAUCAUCGCCUAGAAAGGAGCUGUUCAGGAAAAAGAAGAGCAGGGACAAUGUCGCGCCUCCUCAACCCACGUUCAGUCAAAGGACAGGAGACGACAAGGAAUCGGAGAAAGAUAAAUUAUCCACAUCGUGGCCAUCGGCCAAUCUAAAGCAGCAGGGACGAAGCAAGCCGACCAGAGUCCCUCCAGAUCACGAGACGGACAGCAAACAUUCGUGGUUGAGCGUCCCCAAACCCUUGGCUACCUCAUGCGAAAGCGUCCCGCGGUCCAGCUCUGGAGAGUCCAGCCAUAAAUACGCCUCCAGGAACUCUCUAGCAAAAGAAGGCGGCGAGCAAGAGAUCCACUUCUCCCUCAGCCUGACCCCCGAAGCCAUCCUGGUCAUCCAAAAGCGCAAUCUGGAAAAGCAGAUGAUGGCCAAGCAACAGAAGUGCUGCGCUUCCGCGGACUUGCGACACCGGCGGGUUUUCCCAUCCAAGAGAGCUCAGGGCAGCUCCAGUAAUAAGAGCUCCGGACCUGUUGCAAAAUUGGACGGUUCCAAUGACAUUAGCACCAUUGUGAAGAUCUCCCUCCUCAACGACCAGUACAAAUAUGAUGAUGUGGAGUACGAGGAGGAGGAUGGAGACGUGGACGAGACUGUCAUGCGGAAAUGUAAAGAGUGGCUCAAAGGUGUGGAGAGUGCUGCUGCUUUUGGGAAAGUGGAUAAACUGUCAGCUCUGCCUCAUCUUAAAAGCUGAUAACCUGAACUAGGCCUACUUCAUUCCACAACGAAAGGUCCACUGUGAAGACUUCAGUUCAUGAGUUAUGUGUCAAACACAAAAGUCACCUAAUUUGCUUUUAGAAAUAAUAAUGUUGUUUAAAGGGUCGUUCACACCGAACGCGUUCUUGCGUUGGACGGAGCGCAAUGUAAUAUAGAAUAUUGAGACGCCUUUGUAAAAGUUGAACUAUUUUCACCUGGACAAGUGCGCUUGGUGCAUGUGUAGAUAGAGCAAGAAUUAGGUAAAAACAGCGCAAACGACAAGAAAGAACGCGUCCUGUGUGCAUAUGUGGCUCUCGCACACAGGACGCGUUCUUGUGUUCGCAAACACCUGAAAAGCGCAACAGCGGACUGUUUUUAACUUGACUGUGCGACUUAAAAUCUUGGCACAUAUACGCACAAGACGCUGAAAAAAACUCAAUUGCGUCGCAAUGUUUACAUUGACCAACAGUUAGACCAAAUUAGAGAAGAUUUAAUGAAAGAAGGCGUUAUAUGUGAAGUUAUUGGAACAGAACGCAGAUGUGUUCUAAAAAAAAAAAUGAUUGUUUUCACCUUGACGCGCCAUUUAAACCUAAUGGCGCAAUUCGCGAUGCACUGGCCAAAAACGUCCAUAUGACGCAGCGCACAUAAAGCAACAAUAAAUAAACAUGUCGGACUGAACGCAA